AUGAGGAUUGUACUGCUGGGAAGUAGAGAGAAUGGGAAGAGGUCAUCAGGAAACACCAUCCUGGGAAGAGAGGAGUUUGAUACCUCAGGACAAACAGCUGAGUGUGUGAAGAGAGAGGGAGAAACAGCAGGGAGACACAUCACUGUAGUGGAGGCACCCGGAUGGUUUCGCAAUUCUUCUGUAGAGAAUACUCCUGAAUGUGAUAAACAAGAGAUUGUCCUCAGUGUGUCUCUGUGUCCUCCAGGACCCCAUGCUGUACUGCUGGUCAUUGAUGCGAAAGAUUCAUUCACAGAGACACACAGAAGAGCAGCGCAGGAACACCUGGAGCUUCUGGGUGAGAGAGUCUGGAGUCACACUAUAGUGCUGUUCACCUGUGGAGACUGGCUGGGAAACACAACCAUUGAGCAGCACAUCGAGAGAGAAGGAAAAACUCUGCAGUGGGUUGUGGAGAAAUGUGGGAACAGGUAUCAUGUUGUAGAGAAUGGCAAGAGCGAUGGUGGCCAGGUGAAGGAGCUGCUGGAGAAGAUAGAAGAGAUGGUGGCAGGAAACAGUGGAGGGCACAUUACCGGCCUACCUGAUGACCCAAGGGGAGAUACUGGAUACUAUUCUGCUACAUCAGGACUUGAAUCUGAGCCCAUAAAGCCCUUUGAUCAGAUGAGCGCUGCUGCCUCGACUCAACGCUUUGAACAACAGAGGCUUCCCUUGAGACCAGCACAUAGAACCGCACCACGUGCUGAGGAGAACGUUGGAGAAGGCCUACCUGAUGAAUACUCAAGGGGAGAUCUUGGAUCUGACUCUGCUAAAUCAGGACUUGAAUCUGAGCUCAUGAAGUCUUUUAAGCAGCUGAGCGCUGCUGCCUCGACUCAACACUUUGCACAACAGAAGCUUCCCUUGAGCCCAUGUGCUGAGGAGGGCGUACAACCAUAG